AUGACUGCAAAUAAUUUACUGACUGACCUUCCUCAGGAACUUUCAACACAAAUUUUCAACGAAUGUGAUUUUUUGUCAAUACUAUCCCUUAGGAAAGUCUGUCAUGCAACCCGAGAAUUUAUAGACGAUCUGAAACCAAUCUCUGACUUUCCUAUUAUUAUGCUGCUCAUCAACAAAAAUUGGUUAGGUUUGAAACUGGAAAAUGGAGUGAAGCACCACGAAGGCUUUUACGUAAAGUAUGAAAAACACGAGAAGGGAUGUAUGGUGACGUGGAAUACAGAAUACGGCGAAGGGCAAGGAAAGAAGAAAUUGCUGGAUGGCUGUAAUUUUAUGGAGCUCUUCUUGAACGAAUUCAACCUGGUCAUGAAGUUCCACCCCCAUUUUAAGGGUUUCGACUUGCAAGUUUUCACGGAUACAAUAGCGCCUGAGAUUCUUAAGGCAUUCAAGAAAAUUGAAGUGGAGUAUCUUGAACUGGGUGUCUGGAAUCCCGAGAUUGCUUCACAAAUGCUGCCAUUUUUCGAUCCAACUACAUUGAACAUCUUGCAAAUUUGUAGUCAUCGAGUUGACGCGGAAUUGGAAAAAUCGUUUAUCGAUUUGACAGAAAUUGCUAAACUUGAUCAUUGGAAGACUGUGAAAUCUUUGGAUAUUGAUACCUUCUACGUGGUUUACGAUAUUCCUGGUUUUUUGCAUUUCACACAAGUUGCCAUUUCCUGGCAGAGAAUUUCAUAUGAAAUGAUAUUUAACUUGAUGGAGACAAUGGUGCAAGCACACUCCUUGAGGUACUUACUAAUAAAGUCUGACAAUAUUGAAAACGACGAACGCCUUAUUCAAACAUUUGGAGAGUCAUUUGUAGAACAAGUUACUAGUGAGCAUAGGAGAGACAUUUGGUAUUUCCGUAUCCCUGAAAGUGAAGAAAUUCUGGAAUUCGUCAUUUCCACUAAAGGCGCGCUCCAGUUUGAUCGCAUCAAGUUGGAGGAAAUGCCGCAGAAUGCAGAGAUAACAGAAGUGACGAUUCUCUAG